AUGAAAGAAAGAGCAGAAAGGAAUACCAGAGAAUUAGAAAGCAACAAGCUACUCUACUCCAAUGAGGAUAAGCCACGUAUUCCAGACUUGUUCGUGGCACAAGUAAUCUGUCUUAAAGCCACCGGACAAAUUCCAAUGAAUUUAGGAUACGGUCUAGGCUACAUCUACUGCUUCAUCAUGAUCAUACAAUCGCUCCACAUGGCUGUGCUCUUUUUGAAGACCGCCCAUGAUAAGCUGUUGCAUGGCGAACUGGCGGAGAUUAGCGACGCACUCACCAUGACCAUCAUAUUUUGGUUCAGCGUUUAUGCGGCCACCUAUUGCUUCCUGCGUUCACAGCGUAUAUUGGCUUUUCUGCAACGUAUCAAUCAUCAUUAUUGGCAACACUCGUUGCCCGGUUUGAGCUUUGUGUGCUGGCAUCGCACUUUUGUUUUGGCUAAACGCAUCACUGUUACUUGGACCUUAUCUUGUGUGGCUGCUACGAUUUUGUAUGGUUCAACCCCGUUGGUGAUGGGUGUGCGCGCUCUACCAUUGAAGUGCUGGUAUCCCUUUGAUCCAUUGCAACCUUACGUCUACGAGUUGGUGUAUGCUUUGCAAUUGUCGACUCAGGUAAUCAUGGGCGUUACUCUUGGCAAUUGCUCGGCUUUGUUCGUUUCGUUGGUUAUACUUAUGUGCGGGCAGUUCGAUGUGCUUUACUGCAGUUUGAAGAACCUGAGCUACUAUGGUCAUUUACGUGCCUUCUGUGAAGUGGAAAAAUUGCGCAAAGAACAAUCAGCACUUCCAAACACUGCUGAUGACGAAGUGAAUCAGUAUAUGUAUUGCCAAGAACACUUAGCUAAUCUCUCGACAGUUCAACAUUUAUAUACUCAAGAGCCAGCUGUGUCUUUGCCGGAAGCUCUACAUUUGGGCGUAGUGCAAUGUGUACAAUUGCAUCGCUUUAUUCUGGAUGCCUGUAAGGAGUUGGAGGAACUUUUUAAUCCUUAUUGCCUUGUUAAAUCGAUACAAGUUACUUUCCAGCUUUGUUUAUUGAUUUUUAUUGGUGUUGUGGGCGAACGUCAGAUAGUGCGCAUUUUGAAUUUGGCCCAAUAUGCGUUUCUGACAUUCGUCGAGAUGUUGAUGCUUACUUAUUUUGGUGAAUUGCUGCGCGGUCAUAGUGUACGCUGCGGUGAGGCAUUUUGGCGCUCGCAGUGGUGGACCCACUCCAUUGUCAUACGUAAGGAUAUACUAAUAUUAUUGGCGAAUAGUAAGCGUGCGGUUCGACUGACGGCGGGAAAAUUCUUUGCAAUGGAUGUGGAGAGACUACGGGCGGUGGUAACUCAAGCAUUUUCGUUUUUGACGCUUUUACUGAAGUUAGCGGCUAAGAAUCCAAAGUAAAUGAAUUAAUCAAUUGACUCAAUAUAUAUUAUUUACAUACAUACAUAUUUAAAUAAACGUUAAAGCAACUGUUUUUCGACACAGGUUUCAAGCGUG